UUUUUUUUUUUUUUUUCCCUUGUAAACAAAUAUGAUAGAAGUGAUUCCUAGAAGGUUCACAGUCAACCUUUAAAGGCCCAAUGGUGAACUGAUUACCCAACAGCUUUAAAUUUUAGCCUCAGCUUGUGUAUUUAUUUAUAGACCAUUUCGCUAGAUGUAAACAACACUGGUCCAGAAGCGCUUCCUGUUUUUUUGUUUUUUAUUUUUUUCACAUAUACAAACACAUCUUAAAGGUGCUAAUGUAACAUUUUCAUCCAGUCAAAUGUUAUGUUGGUUGUAUUUUUUUGUGAUGUUUGUGUAAAGUAAAAAAAAAAAAAAAGAAACAGGAAGUGUAUCGGGACCAGUAUGUUUACAUCUAGCGAAAUGAUCUAUAGAUGUUGUUGUUUAUAAUUCUGUUAGAUUCAAAAAUAAAGUUAAAAAUAAAGUGGAACUUAUUGAACUUGUGUUUAUAGAAUGUUUUGUCAUGUGCUUGAUGCUGCAAAAGACAUGAUCACAACCUGUCAAACACGUCCGUCUAGCACGUUUACAUACUGUAGAAAAAUGAUAGAAAAGCAUGAUAAAAACACCUUUAAAGUUUAGCCUCAGCUUGUGUAUUUAUUUAUAGACCGUUUCGCUAGGUGUAAACAACACUGGUCCAGAAGCGCUUCCGGUUUUUUUUGUUUUUUAUUCUUUUUUUAUAUCACAUAUACAAACACAUCUUAAAGGUGCUAAUGUUUUUUGUGAUGUUUGUGUAAAGUAAAAAAAAAAAAAAGAAAGAAACAGGAAGUGUAUCGGGACCAGUAUCUUUACAUCUAGCGAAAUGAUCUAUAGAUGUUGUUGUUUAUAAUUCUGUUAGAUUCAAAAAUAAAGUUAAAAAUAAAGUGGAACUUAUUGAACUUGUGUUUAUAGAACGUCUUGUCAUGUGCUAGAUGCUGCAAAAGACAUGAUCACAACCUGUCAAACACAUCCGUCUAGCACAUGUUUACAUACUGUAGAGAAAUGAUAGAAAAGCAUGAUAAAAAAGCAGUACAGUGGAAUAGAAAAAUUUGUUCUGUGUGAAUGGCCUUUUAAAAGGGACUUCAUAAUCUAUGCCAUAUAUAUUGUUUGAGUUAUACAUUCUUGAGUAUGUCCAGCUGUUUUAUUAUACAUGUAUGAUUGUAGAUUUUCUUUUGAGAGUUCUUUCACAUGUUUUUCAAACAUUCCUCAAGUGCUUUCUUUUUAUAAUCUUUAAUUCUUAGGGUGCAAGUAAUUUGAAGUUGAAAUCCUUCUGUGUAAAUGUGUGUGAGGUUUCCAGGUCAUUCCCCUCACAGCUGCUAAUCUCUUUUAUCUGAACUCAACUCAGUUCUGGGUAGUUUUUGUUUUUGUUUAUUUUUUCCAGGAGAAGUUCCAUUUCUGGAACAGGUUUCCUGCGAGCCUCUCCUAACAUGCAUAUUUACACGUCAGCCAGAAAUAUUCUGGAAUUUAGAACGGAAAUAUUUUCAAUGAGAAUUAGGAAUUUAGAAACAAUUGUUCAUAGUUAGGGAAGUAUUAACGAAAAAAUUAUCUUAUUUUAAAAUGGUAAGUACAAGGAUUUUCAAAGCUGUUUUUUAGUCUAUAAAUAACCUGGAGAUCUCUAGUUAAACACUGUGAAAAAUGCCAAUGUGUUCUAUGUGUGACUAAUCAGUCCACUUUUCAGAUGUCAACCAACUGGCUGGCUGGCAGAAAGUGGUGACUAUAUCUCAUAUUCUUUUUUUUGCGGGAGUGAGACUUUGGUUUGAAUGACCAAAGUAGGCUUUGUUUUACCAAAAUCUUUCCAUAAUCUUAACCCCCAUUUGGAAUUACAGAAUGCAGGUGGGCCAUGCCAGGUCAUAGUCAAUAGAUGGGAGACCCAUCAGCUGCCACGCUCAUUGAGUCCCUCAGAACCUGAACUCGUGAUUGACGACGGACAUUUUGGAGUCCAUAAUGGCAUUGAGUGUGUGGACUCUGGCUGGUUGACGUGCCAGACAGAAAUUCGUCUCAGGCUUCAUAACUCUGUGAAACCUCCAGUUUCUAUUACUAAGAAAAAAUUUAAGAAUUCGCGCUUCAGAUUGAAGCUGAUGCUGGAAGGGAUUGAGGAGGAAGAAGAGGAAAGCCCUUCGUCAUGGCAUAAGAUGACCACUACGCUGGAGAUCAGUAUGAUCAGUGACAACGGAUAUAAGUCUCGUCAUUCCCAGCCAGAACGUGGCUGCGCACUUGAACCCUCCCAGUGGACCGAAUACAGCAUUCACACAAUGGACCCUGACAAUCUAGAGCUCACCUUUGAGUUCUCUGAGGAGGACCUGAGUGAGCCUGUGCUUCAGGGGGAUGUCCAUCCAGGCCAUGUAGGCACCGCAUGCCUCUUAUCGUCGUCUUUCAGGGAGAGUGGCAAAGAUCAGGGUGUGGUCACCCUACCCAUCAUGAGCCAAAAUGCUAGGCAGACUAUUGGAAAAGUCAGAGUGGAUUACUUGGUGACGCGUCCUAUCCAAGGCAUUCAGUGCGACAUGAGUCAGUCGUUCACCAAAUACUGGAAGAAAAGGAGCGCUUUGCAUGUUGGACACAGAGGAGCAGGAAGCACACAUGCUCUCAAGCAUCACAAGAUCAGGGAAAACACAAUUGCCUCAUUUCUAAGUGCGGCCAACCAUGGAGCUGCUUAUGUAGAGUUUGAUGUUCAUCUGUCUAAAGAUUUGGUUCCAAUCGUGUACCACGAUCUCACCUGCUGUAUUUCUAGUAAAAAGAAAAAUGACAAGAACUCAAUGGUAUUGUUUGAAGUUCCUGUCAAGGAUCUUACAUUUGAUCAACUUCAGCUUUUAAAAGUUGCUCACACAACUGCCAUGGAAGUUAAUGACCACAAAGACUUGCAGGAUGAAGAGGAGUAUAUAGAUGAGCACCAGCCUUUCCCUUCCCUUUCACAGAUAUUCCAGGCCGUUCCAGAUCAUGUGGGAUUCAACAUUGAGUUGAAGUGGAUUUGUCAGUUCAAGGAUGGCUCCUGGGAUGCUAAACUCUCCACCUACUUCAACAUGAAUCAGUUCUUGGACAUCAUCCUCACAUGCGUGCUGCAAAAUGCCGGCAAGAGGAGAAUAAUCUUCUCGUGUUUUGAUCCUGAUGUUUGCACAAUGGUGAGGCAAAAACAGAACAAAUACCCCAUCCUGUUUCUGAGCCAAGGAGUGACAGACCUCUACCCUGAACUCAUGGACAUCCGCUGUCAGAGCACAAAGAUUGCCAUGAGCUUUGCUCAGAGUGAGAACAUACUGGGAAUCAGCGCUCACACUGAUGAGCUCUUACGGAACAUGGAGUUCAUCAGAGAGGCUCAGUCUAAAGGGCUGGUGGUCUUCUGCUGGGGCGACUAUAACAACGACCAUGAGAACAGGAUGAAGUUGAGGGAACACGGCAUUGAUGGCCUCAUAUAUGACAGAAUCUGUGACAAUGAGGUUGAGCAGACAAACAUCUUCAAUGUAGAGGAACAAGGAGGAACCCUAAAGGAGGUCAUUCAAACGUGUGCCUGCUCCACCUACAGCAUUCCCUGCUCCUCCUUUCCAUGUGCAGGAAAAGCCCAGGAGGUCAACGGGGAGUCCGAUUCUGGCCUCAGUUCCUCUUGAGACCCACACAGCCAGUCCACCUUCACUCUAUGUCUGUAAUCUUCACACAAUGCACCAGAACUAACGCACAAAUACACUCCGUCAUUAAGCCAAACUUAAGCCUGAGGUGUUUUAGAGUGUACAGAAUAAUACUGGGGACAACAACACAACGCUAGCUUCCACAAAGGCAAUAUUUUUUGCUUUAAUUAGCCAAUUUGCUGUAUAUUUAGAUGCAAAAGUGGUGUAUAGAAUGUGUCAUUUGCCUAAAUGCAAAUAUUUGUUAUAUAAUUCUUAAGAGUAUCUUAGGACCGCCUUUUGAUUUGUUUUCCUCGUCAAGUAUUUAUCGAUUUCUUUAUCUGUAGGUUGAGUAUUGAACAUUAACACAAUGUAGUAUUUCAAUUUCUUGAACAACAAAAAUGCAAGAUUGUUGUACCCUGCAAAAUAUGUGCAAAAAUUAAUAGCUAUUACAUUUCAGUAGCUAAAAAUCUCUCAAAAAGGAAGAUUUUUGAGGAUUUUGUCUUUAAAAUGACACUGAUGAACAUGUUUAUCCGUUGUAUGUUAGUAUUAUCUCUUCACUACUAUAUCCAUCCACAAAUUCAUUCUUAAAUGAAACACUGAUCGUUUCAGCAGAACAA